UGGUCGAACAUUAGUUCACUUAGAUCAACUUGAUAACUACAAUGCCGUCAUACUUGCAACCAAUGCUGUAAAUAAUUAUUAUUUCCAUACGUUGGAGCAUUCUUCACAUCUAAGCGACGAAUUUUGGACCAAUUUUAUUAAACAUUUCGAGGCUUAUACUAGAAACAACUUGCUCCCUUUUACAAGCUCCAAUACUGCAAGUACACAUAACAUUGAUCAUCAUGAAUAUGUCAACAAAUUACUUCAGGGUCUCAAGGCAUUAUCAGACUCUGUCAACUGGUUGUCAUGGGGUCCAUUUGCGCCAAAGCCCUUUGGAGUUUUUCCAAUGAUAGCUAUCAAUUUUAAUACCACUAGUGACUAUCAUUGGGAUGAACAUGAUGAGGCAAAUA